UUAGUCCAAGACAAACGACGUUAGAAACCAACAAAACCGGACGGAAGAGUUCUCUCACUCUAGGGAACCAUCAUGUAUUGCAAGUUCAAUGUUCAACUUUAGCCCAAAAAAUCAAAAUAAAAUAAAAUAAAAACAUUUCCUGUUAAACUGGCUUGUUCUACCCCAGAAGCCUCCGAACACUAUCUAAAUUAUACCUUCAUCAUGAUCUUCAUAUUGUUAUUAUUCCAAUUUGCUAAACCCCAGAACGAGCCUGAUGCUGAUUCUGUACUAUUCCCCCAUCCCAUCCAUACAAAUUCAAAUCAAAUCCAUCCGAGUCUGGCAAUCGUUAUUGGUGUCCUCUUCAUCAUGUUCUUUAUCACUCUUUCCCUUGUUGCCUAUGCCAAAUUCUGCAUCACCAACCCACUUCAUUUCAAUUUUCAUCAUCACGACUUUCAUGGCCUAAUUCGACCCAGGUCUAGACAAUCCGGGUUAGACAGAACGGUGAUCGAGUCACUCCCAUUCUUCAGGUUUUCUUCACUCAAGGGUUCCAAAAAAGGCCUAGAGUGCGCAAUUUGUAUAUCCAAAUUCCAAGAAACAGAAAUUCUUCGCUUAUUGCCCAAUUGCAACCAUGCUUUUCACAUCGAUUGCAUCGACCAGUGGCUUGAAAAUCACUCUACCUGUCCUCUUUGUAGGUAUAAAAUUGAUGCAGGAGACCUCAAGAAUAUCAUUUAUUCAAACAGUUCGAGAUCUUUGGCUAGAAAAGUCCCUUCAAAUCUAACAGAGGAUCUAAAUCUAGAGCUUUUUAUCCAAAGGGAAGAAGCUCAUGAUAAUGAUCAACAUCAUGGCUUGUCGUCAAGAUUUAUUAAAGCUGGAGUCGGCAGCUUCCGGAAGAGCAUGGAUAUGAAGUUGCUGCACAAGUUCAAGCACAAGAUUUUGAUCUCCGACGCUGUUGUUAGGAACCGCUGGAGCGAUGUUAAUUCAUCUGAUUUCUUGUCGUUGAACUCGGAAAUGCUAGGCGUUAUGUCAAGCCAAAGAUUUUCUCUUACAGAAUCAAAUAGUAAAAUUGAUGGAAGUGAUUCAUAUCCAACUUUAAGCUGCUUUCCUUCUACUUCAUCAAUAUGUUGUGAACAGAGCACAUCAACAGGACAAUUACUGAUCAAUACGAAUGAGAAACGAUCAAUGUCGGAGAUUACAAAUCUUUCGAGGUUUACAGAAUUUAACAUGAACAAUUAUAAUAAACGAAGCAAAGGUUCUGGUUCUGAUGCUAAUAGUAGCAAGGAGGAGAGGAUGAAGAGAAUUUGGUUGCAGAUAGCCGGAGGAACAGUCAGAUGGUUUGCCAGCUCAGAAGAGUUGAAGUACAGACAACAGCCAUUGAAUGUGUAAUAUAAUUUAUUAGAUUCAAUAUUUCCAUUGUUAAUGAAAUGGAGUUCUUUUUCUGUAAGGAAAUUUAGAGACAGUAUAUUCAAGCAUGAUUGCUCUGUGGUCCACUCUUCCAUCAUAUUGAAACAGAGAAUGGACAUGGAUCCAGCAGAGAAUACUCUAUGCAGUAGAUUUAAUACUUUUUUUUUUAACAAUUUAUUUCGUUAUCAUAUGACAUAUUAAUUAACGGACUUUCCUCUUGUUCUCUUUAGCCAAGAGACUUAUGUAUUA